UCAUCUUUUCGCGCAAUUUUCACGACAUCCAAUGCAAUUUAUAAAAACUUCCUUCCUAAAACAGAAGUGGUUAAGCGCAAAGCUUUAGAAAUGAUGCAGACAUACACUGUAGGUGUUGAAAAAUUAAAGAUUGACAUGGCGUAUUAUGAAGUAUUAGAAAGGGAUGAUAGAGAAGCAUUUGCAAAAAUUAAUUAUAUAACUAAGCAGCCUUUAAUUGUUCUUGAUAUAGGAGGAGCGUUGCUAUGGAAUUUGAACUCAUCAUUUUUAAUUGUUUCAAGAAAGAUUUUGAAAAUAUUAUUAACCUACGGAUCCUGUUUUAGUAACGAUAUUCAUGCAGUGUAA